AUGUCACAAAUUGGUGUUUUAGAUGUUGUCAACCUCAGCUGCCCACUAGACUUUUCGCCCCGCCCCAAUUUUAGGCCUGGUAAGCUCGGUGAGCCUGACCAUAGUGCUGCUAGCCCCAUCGGAUAUGCUCCGACUCGGCCGUGGUUCGUUCAAGAAUUAUCCUUACUGGAUGAGGAGACAGUACCUCACGGAAGGAGAGAGGUGAUAUCUGAUCCGCCUUCCUCGCAGACCCUGUCACAGACCCUGCCACAUGGCCCCAAAGCCCCGAAGGGAAACUACCCGGAGUUAGGAAAAAAUGAAAAAAAAGAGCCAGAAGGAAAAGAAGAGCGCCGAUCGCAGUGGAGUAAACGGCCCCUGGCGUCCGUUGUGCACGAGCCAGUUUGGGAGAGGGCAGGGUAG